AUUCCGCCUUUUCAUUCUGAAAACAAAAAUUCCGUAUAAAGUGAAAUAAAGAUAGAAUGAAAAAUUGAGGCAGAACAAAAAAACGAAGUAAAACGAUAAAAAUCUAUUAAAUUGAUGAAAAUAUCACUUUACAUUAAAAAAUUGUUAGAAAAUAUCGUUUUAAAAAUGUUAUAGGUAUAGGUACUGAAAAAAUGUCGUCCAGUGAUAGAUACCUCUCUAAUACCUUGACUUUUAUUCUGAAAUUCCGGAGUUUUGUUAUGUUUCCGUUACGUUUUUCGUUUUUGUGACGCCAUGUGGAAGGAAUUAGGAUUUGAUUGGUUAAUUUGAAGAGCAUUCAUAAUUAUCAUUAGAGCUCGGAUUAUUUUUAUGCGCUUAAAAAAUCAUUUUAUGCGCAUACAAUAUGCAUUUAUUUUGAUCAAAUUAUGACAAAAUAAUAUGCCCUUAUUCAUCAAAAUAUGCACUUUUUUAUGCAACAUCAAUAUGGGUAUCUCUAGAAAGGAUUUUUCAUUUUAAAGGUGAAGAGAAGGCUAGAAAAUUGAGAAAUUCAAAAAAAGGAGGUUAAAGUCUUCAAUUUUUCUUUGAAUAAUCAAUUUUAGGUUAACUGUAAAUCGAUUUAAAAAACCGUUUUUUCAAUUUUUAGUGAAAAGUACUGCCAAAAAUGGAUUUUUUGGCCAAAAUUUCCAAAAUAUGACGAAUAUGCGCUUAAAAAAUGUCUAAAAUAUGCAUUUAUAUGCAUUUAUACCCAAAAUAUGCAAAAUAUGCGCUAACAAGUUGGGCUCAUUUUACUCAGAAUUGUAUGAUUCACAAAAAUCCAUAGGGGCAUAUUGGGGUAAAGUGGGUGAAGAUGCCGCAUCUCAAAAAUUUCUAUGUUGGCAACACUGGAUUGCGAAAAUGAUGUAAUAUGUAAUGUAAUCAGUGUUUAGUACUUUUAGUCAUUGUAUUUGAUCAAGUUUUUUAUGUAGAUUACGAUGGUAGAGACAAAAUUCUGAUUAAAUGUCAAUGGUUAUGAAAAUGAGUUGAAAAUAUAUGACGGAGAUCAAAAAAGGAAAGAUGGCCAACAUGCGAAAAGGGAUUAGGGAAAGAUGCCGCACCAAAAUAUUUGUUUAUAGUGACUAAUUUCAAAUUUUUUGGAGGAAUAUGAGUGAAUAACUACCAGAGAACUACCACUUGUGAUUUUUGGACUCAAGAUGACUUAUGUUACGCUAUAAGUUUGGUGUUGAUUGAUUUUGGUGCGGCACCUACCCCUUUCCACGUGCUUUUCAACUCAUAUCUACUUAUAACCACAAAUGUGUUCGUGGUUAUGAGUAUGAGUUGAAAAAAAUGACAAAGGUUAAAGAAUGGAAGAUGGCCGACAUGUGGAAAGGCUAAAAAGGGAAAAUUUCAAUCUGCUAAACGCUAAACACAUUAACAUUACAGAAAUUGCGGCAUCUCCCCCCCCCCCCAAGGUAAAAUGGCAAAAAAUUACCAUCUCGUUAUCUUCAAAAUUUCUCAGUAGCUAGGAAACAAAACAAAAAACUAAUCGGUCGGCCAUCUUUGGUGCAAAAUGAAUUAUUUCAGCCAAUCACAGAACAGCAUUGCUGUCUGUGAAGUGACGUCACUGUGACGUUUCAUGAAAUUCAAUUGUUAUUUUGCACCAAAGAUGGUCGAGCGAUUUCAUCUGAGUGAAGCUAUAGUGCCUUACCAUAACUAAGUAAUUAACGUGUAUACCUAUGUCAAAUGUUAAAUGUUAUCUGCUUAACCCUGAUUCAAAAACUCGUCAUGGGUUUUUACAAAAUACGUACACACAAAAUCUGUUGAAACUUUGAAAGAGGUUCUAAAUUUAUCAAACCGAUACUUUGAAACGCUUCAAUAAUUUAUUGUGCUUUUGAUUUUAAGUUACCUACCUAAAAUGUCGUUUUACUGGUUUUUGGUGGUGAUUUUGAAUUUUAGCAGUGCAUUAAGUGGCGUAGAAUAUAGACGAGUAAUCAAACAAGCUGAUUCAGCAUCCAACCCGUGUACUGAUCAGGAUAAUCAAAUAGGAACAUGUAUUCCUAUCAGAAGUUGCCCACCAUUGCUCACAUUACUAAAUACUCGUGGACGUGAGCCAGUAGUUAGAAAUUAUUUGCGUCGAUCGCAAUGCGGAUGGGAAAAGAGUCAACCGCUGGUGUGUUGUGUUGUAGAUGGUAGUUCAGGAUCAUCUUUCCAAACAAACGGUCAAAUAACUACCACUCAAAGAAUUACAACAAAUAAUAGAGGAUCAACACAAACAUCUCCAUUAGGUUCUGACAGCAGGCCUUCCAGUGGUUUCAAAGAUUUCUCAAAGUGUGGCCAAUCAUUCUUCGCCGCACCUAAAACACUGCAUUAUCUUACGAAUUCGUUUUUUGGUGAUUGGCCGUGGAUGGCUGCGUUGGGGUAUACUUCCAAAUCCAGCACCGAUUUACAGUUUAGAUGCAGUGGUAGUCUGAUCUCUGAUAGAUUUGUUGUUACAGCAGCACAUUGUGGUCAAUAUACUCGUAAUGGAAAUCUAACACUGUCAGUAGUUCGAAUAGGGGAUCUGGAUUUAAACGAUACGGUUACAGACGGAGCUUCGCCACAAGAAAUCGCAAUUGAACAGUUCAUUUCACAUCCGAAUUAUACUGAUGAUCCUAUUGCAAAUGACAUUGCUCUUUUACGUUUAAAAAGUCCUGUUACUUUCAACGAAAAUGUUCGUCCAAUUUGCAUUCUAAGUGGUUCUCAGUACAAAAGCGAUGAAUUUUAUUCUAGGAAAAUUCCAUUUAUUGUCGGCUGGGGAGCUGCUGAUUGGCGAGGAUCAUCCAGCAGCUACUUGCAACAUGCCCAAAUUGAAAUUGUUGACAAUGAUCGUUGUGCUAGGAAUUAUUCCACUCGAAGAACAGCUUUAAUAGAUGAACGAGUAUUGUGUGCCGGUGGUGGUGGUAAAGACACUUGCCAAGGUCAUUCAGGUGGACCCUUAAUUAUUCCCCUACCGCAAGAAAAUAGAUACUAUCUGGCUGGUAUCGUAUCCUGUGGAAUCAGAUGUGCUGAUGCAAAUUAUCCAGGAGUGUAUACAAGAGUCGCUUACUUUUCCGAUUGGAUUAAAACUACUGCCGGACUUACCUAAUUGAUUUUUGUUUUGUUUAUUUUGAAUUUAUUGACAUGUGCCAGUAUACUUAAUUUGAAUUUUGAUCGCUCAAUUAAUAUUAAUUUUUUUACGAUGUUUUAGAUAUUUGUACGUUUAUUUAUCUAUUUGUACGAAUCAAUGAAAACUUUUGGCUUUGCAUUUUUCAAAUACAUAAAAAAGUAGGUACAUCUA